UGGAGGCGGCGGCGCGGCCUGCAGUGUACACCGCCUGUCACAGACACGCGUCUAUCGCUCGCUCGACUUGACGACCACCCGCAUCCUAGACGGCGUCGCUCAUCUCGUCACACGGAACCUCAGGCACCAUCUUAGCCUUUUCGUCUUUUUAAUCGAACGGAUAUAGCCGCGUUCUUUUUUUUCCUGACACCGUUACGUUUAUUGCGUACGACAAUGACAGAGUGCGCUGGACGCGGACGCUGGCUGACGGCCGUCGCGUGGCUGCUGACAGCGGCGACCGGCGUCGCCGGCUUCAACGUGGAUACGGAGCACAUGGUGCGCUUCCGAGGUACCAGGGGCUCCAUGUUCGGCUUCAGCGUCGCCGAGCACCGAGACCGCCAGGGAAACUGGGUGCUGGUCGGCGCGCCCAAGGCGGACACGUCGCAGUUCCAGCUCGGUGUGACGGAGGGCGGCGCCGUCUUCCGCUGCGACGUUCGCUCCGACGGCUACUGCCAGCCACUGCCCUUCGACAGGCACGGUAACAACAAGAACUCAUCGGGAAUGGACAUCGACAGGAAGUCACACCAGUGGUUCGGCGCCACCGUACACAGCUCUGGCGACGGUGCCAUCGUGGCGUGCGCGCCGCGGUACGUGUUCUUCCCGCCGACGGCGCCAGAGCCCUUCGAGGACCCUGUGGGCACGUGCUACGUGGCCAGGGACGAGUUCCGCCGCAUCACCGAGUACGCGCCCUGCCGCACCAGUGAAUGGGGUUACCAUCGACAAGGAUACUGUCAGGCUGGUUUCAGUGCAUGUUUGUCAAAGGAUGGAGAUCGUGUGUUCAUAGGAGCACCAGGCAGUUGGUAUUGGCAAGGAAGGCUGUACUCCGUUAAUGCAUAUGCAUCUUUAAAAUGGUCUCAUACAGUCUACAACUUCUCAUAUCCCCCAGGGCAGGUUUACUCACAGAGUCUAUAUAAUCGACCUGAUGUUAUUAGUACCCCUGAAGGUCCAAAACAGUCAGAUGAUUCUUACCUUGGAUAUUCGGUGGCUACUGGUGAUUUCACCGGGGAUGGAACCAGUGGUGCUGCUGUUGGUAUGCCACGAGGGAACAGACUAGUUGGAAAGGUCAUCUUGUAUUCAUCAUUCCUGCAAAAAGUUGGGGAGUUCACUGGUGAACAGAUGGGUGCAUACUUUGGGUAUGCACUUUGUGUAUCAGAUAUGGAUGGUGACAAAACUGAUGAUCUCGUUGUUGGUGCACCCCUCUACACUCACCUUCAAAAUAAUGAAGGAAAAUAUGAAACUGGCCGUAUCUACGUAAUCUACCAAAAAAAGGGAACGAACAGGUUUGCCACUCAUCAUUGGCGUGAUGGUGUAAAUUCUAAAUCACGAUUUGGCCUUUCUUUAGCAUCAGUUGGAGAUCUCAAUAAAGAUGGAUAUGGAGACAUUGCUGUUGGAGCUCCUUACGAUGGCCUGAAAGGUGGUGGUGCUGUGUACAUAUACCAUGGAUCAGCUACUGGCAUUAUGAAAGAAGCAUCACAAGUUAUAUUUGGAGAAAGUAUCUAUAGUCAGAUAACAACAUUUGGAUUUUCACUUUCUGGCGGAAUUGACCUGGACGGCAAUCAGUAUCCUGACAUAGUGGUUGGUGCAUAUGAUGCUGAUACAGCUAUUUUCUUCAAAUCAAGGCCAGUAAUACUCAUGGAUGCUGAAGUUACAAUUGGUCCAGAAUCAAAACUCAUAAGCCUUGAUGAGAAAAACUGCACUCUUCGAGAUGGUACACUAACCACAUGUACCACAGUCACAGCCUGUUUCGAGUACAGUGGAAUUGGUGUCAAUCCAGAACAUGAAUUUGAAAUUCAGCUUAUACUGGAUGCAAAGAAAAUGAAAAGUCCUCGAUUAUUUUUUCAUCGGAAUGAAGGAAAACAUAUGAAGAACUUCACUGCAACUCUGAACAAUAAUUCUAAAUACUGUAAAAGUCAUGUAGUUUAUAUCAAGCCUGGUAUAAGAGACAAACUUUCGCCAUUGGAAGUGGAAGUAAAAUAUAAUACAAAGUAUAGUAAACAAAGAGUCCAGCGUUCUUUGACACCAGUUCUUGACCAGCAUAAACCACUCUCAGAGCAUGAUUUUGUCAGUAUCCAAAAGAAUUGUGGCCCUGAUAAUAUUUGCAUACCAAAUCUCAUUCUUGAUGGUUUUCCAACUGUUACCAAAUACCUUCUUGGAUCAAAUGAAAGGUUAGAGUUGGAAGUCAAGAUUCUCAAUACUGGAGAAGAUGCAUUUGAAGCCACUUAUAACUUGAAGAUUCCACCUGGUCUUAAUUACAGUAAAAUAGAGCGCAUUGAUAAAAAUGAGCGUGAAAUUCCAGUCCUGUGUUCUGCUCCAUCUUUACAAAACAAUUACACUCUAAAAUGUGAUAUUGGCAACCCUUUACCCAGCAACAAGCCGCUACAUUUCAAAGUCCAUCUACAACCAUUCUAUAAGGAGGACCUGAAGUCACAAUAUGAAUUUGUAAUGGAGGUGAACAGCACAAAUCCAGAAGAGUCGAGCUCUACACUUGAUAAUGUGAUACGUUUUGAAGUUCCCAUAUCUAUAAGGACUGGGGUCUCUAUUAUAGGGGUGUCUAGUCCACAAGAAUUGUAUUACAAUACUACAGGAUACAAUGUUGUUAAUGUAACACGAGAAUCAGAAAUUGGACCUCAGCUAACACACACUUAUACUGUAAUCAACAAUGGACCAGCUGACAUUGUAGAGGCUGACCUGUACAUUCUGUGGCCCAUGUACACACUGGCAGGUGACCCUUUUUUCUACAUCCUGGAACAGCCUGAAGUUACAGGCCCUGUCGUCUGUGAGAAGUUGGAGGAGGUAAAUUCACUGCAGCUAAAGAUUGAGCAGAAGAAAAAAGGUAUAGCAGCAGCUUCUCAUCAUUCACAAUAUGGAACAGUGGAAGUGGAAGGCAGCUCAGCUUCAGGAAAAAAGAGCACAGAGAAAUAUCACAAAACAUCGAGCACCAGUACUCAUUAUGAGACUUUCAGUAAUGGUUCACAUCAAAGCAGAACUCAGAUACAAGGAAGUAGUGGAAGCCUAGAAGAGAAGCAUAUACAGAAGGCUGGUGAUAUUUUAGAACCCAGAAAAAGUGAUUUCAUGGGCAGUGAGAAACAUAAUCAACACACAAGUGAUAGUAAAAAUGUUAGUACUGGUGAAUCUGGAGCUGUUUAUUCGAAGAGUUGGGGUGGUCUUGUACCACACAGUGAAACACUGCAGGAAGGUAGUGCUGGUCGCCAUGAAAGUUACAAUAAAACAUCUCAUUAUGGACUGGGUGACAAAAUAGGGAAACAUAAAAAGAAGAUACAUACUUCUCACAACUACUCAGUCACUUGGAGAGAGAAUGACAAACCAGUACAUCACUAUAAAAAUUAUAGUUUCACUACUUCUGAUGAUACUGGGUCCUCCUCUGCACAGUGGUCAAGUGAUGAUCAUGAUGAUGGCGAUGAUACUUACGAUUUUUCGGAUGGAGCAAAUAACUCUUCUAGCACAUUUCAUAAAUUCACAUCAUCCUCUUCAUAUCAUUCCCUUAACAAUGGAUCUGCUCUUGCAGGUGACAGUCAUAUUGAUGAAGGAGCACAUGAAUCUGAGAGUGGAAUCCGGUUUAUCCCUGCAUGGCAACUUGCAGGAGGAAAGCCCACUCCAUCACCUGAUAAUUUUGAGGGAACUUUGCUUCAUGGUUCCACAGCCUCUGAUGGUCAGCUGAGGCACUAUUGGGUUAACAGCGGCUCAAACACAGUUCUUCAGCAGGGAAAACGUACCAAUUUGAAUGAUUCAAGUGGCUCACAACAUGAGGUACAAGGAGGCAGCUCAUAUUAUUAUCCAUCUCCAGAAGUGAGAGGAGGUAUGACUCAAAGCAGCAUAGAAUACAGUGCAACUAGCAAUGAAGAUAAUGGGAGUGGUGUGAAACAGUAUAUUUCUCGCCAGUGGAGUAGUAACCAUCCAGGAGCUACCAUUCACUGGGAAGAACAACACAAGAGUACAGCUGAUGGAGAGCAAGAUUAUGAUGAAGAGAAAGCUGAAGAAGAAGAAGAAGAUGAUGAGGAUGAUGAGGAUGAUUAUUAUGAUGACGGAUCUGAAUAUACAGAAACAUACAGCUCUCAGAAGAAAACCAUCACUGCACAUCGAACUCCUUAUCAGCAAGAUAGAGCAGUGCCUUAUGGUAGGCACAAAAGGGACCUGCAAGCAGAUACUGACUUCGAUCAGCUGCUUCAGUGUAAUUCCACAAACUGUGUACGACUAAAGUGUGUAAUCAAGAAAUUUACCAAAGAUCAGGAAGUGAACAUACAGAUACGCUCUCGAGCAUGGGUACAAACACUUAAGAAGGUGGCUUCAAACAAACGACUUCGUGUAUCUUCACUGUUAGCAAUGCAAGUUACUCAACUGCCCUACAUUGGCAAGCCAUAUCGUCCUAUCAUUCGAAGUGAAGAAGUAUUUACUGAUGCUAUAUCAACAGAUGUACCCACAAAGCCAGAGAUUGUGCCUUUGUGGGUUGUAGUUUUGUCUGCAUGUGCCGGUGUUCUUAUAUUGCUGCUGUUAAUACUGUUGCUUUGGAAGUGUGGCUUCUUCAAGAGGAACAGACCAAGUGACACACCAGAGAAAGAACCAUUGAAUCGUAAUGGUCAUUACUCUAAUGGUGAUGAAGCGCUGUGAAGGAUAGAAACAGAAGACAAGUAACCUGUUUUCUGUACCAGUUGUGGCUCUGGAAAUGUAGAACAUUUCUUGAGAAGACUGAUAAAUGUUCUGAAUUGGAACUGAAGCUCCACACCAAUUCCAGUAUUUAAGUUAUUGAGGCAACUAAACUAAUCAGUUAUGAUUAUGUUUAAUGUAAAUACUAAGUCAAAAGGAAGGAUAAUUAUUUUCAUAUUCUUCUAUGCCAGGUUGUAAUGCAUGCACUCCCUAAUGCAUGUACAGAAUUUGGAGUUCAGUCCCUAUUGGAACUAUUAUUUUGUUGAUCGUCAAGUAGAUACUCGAAUAAUUAACAGUAACUUCCAACCUAAAAAGGCAUAAAAGAAUAUAGAUGUUGACACACAUCUGACAGUAUAGAUGAAAGAAUUACCUAUGGUUGUGUCAUAUACUUGAGAGUCUAAUAUGGCAGCUUUAGUAUAGCAGUGAGACUGGUAUAAGUUGUUUCUUUGUGUUUCUGUUUAACUGUAGCGAAAGAAGGGGUGACUGCAAAAAUCCUUCAUAAAGGAUACAAAACGCCAAUAGUUAUUCUUGUGCAUUACUAUACCAUACAGAUGGUUGGUUGACUGAUUUAUUUGUUUGGUUGUUUAGUUUGCUUAACAGUCCAGUUUUAGUGCCCAAGUUUUUUGUUUUUAUUGGUUUCACUCCUAUCACACAUUCUCUGUCUAAGCAACACAGAACAAAUAAAUCAUUCAACUGGUCAAUACACUGUUGCAUGAAUAGCAAAGACUAAAAAACUUUUUUUUGUUAUAAAAAUGUUCCUGUACACCUAUAAAAUGAUCUGUAUAACAAAGGUCUGUUAUUUCAUAUUAUUUGUGUAAAAGCAUAAUGCAGUAACUACAAAAUAUCCUGUUUAUAUGAUAUGAUUCACACUUAAUAAUCAAGUUGGAAUCAUUAUUCAAAACACAAACUGACAUUUACUGUUCAUGGCAAAUUAUGAAUAAUACAACACUGUCAAUAAAUCUUUUGUAAAUUAAAUAUUACUGUUUGAGUAAGCAUCAUAGAUAGAUAGUCAAGAUUCAGUAUUUAAAUUGGCAGACUUAAUGGAAUGGGGAACCAUAUAAGUACCAUGUACAGAAGAGAGACUGCAAAUUGUGAAAUGACUAUCAUACAUCAAAGAGCUGAAUCCUGAAAUUAUUUAAGUGUUAUGCAUUUUACAAAAAAGCACUUUAUAUAGAGUUACAGAUCUGGAUGAACUAUUUCCCUUAUUUUUCACAAACUUUUUAUGAAUGGCUUUAUUCUGCCUCACACAAACUGUUUCCUCUGUUUGCAUAUGUUUUAGAAAGGUUCAUUACAAUGCAGUUAACUUAUUUUACAAGGUUUUCAGCACACAGAAAAUGCAUUAUUGUUUUCAUAUUUCAAUUUUUUGGAAGCUACCUCCUGUCUAAAGUCUGUAACUCGAGGCUUUACCUUUUUUAGAGAUCAAGAUACACAUCUGUUUUGUAUCAACUGAACAUAGUUAUUUUUUUUCUUUUUUUUAACACAAAAAUUUAAAAGGCAAGCUGUGUAUCAAAGAUUCAACUAUUAUUCUGUGUAGUAAAUCUGUAAGGCCAUUGUUAGUUCACUACAUUUCAACGAAAAUGUAUGUAAAUUGUAGGAACCCAAGCUUUGUGAUAGUUUUGUUUACUUAAUAUUUGUACAAAAUUAUAAUGCUUUUAAUAGCUGAAUGUGCGUAACGUCUUCCCUUAAUAUCGUUAUGCCACAUGUAUGAAUGAUUACAUUUGUAUAUGAUGUGUGACUGUUGUAUGUCUGUUUGUGAGUAUCAUGAUUUUUGUAAGAAAUUUGUAACAUAGUUGCAGCGGAGCUUGUUAAAAUUUAAUUACUGUACAGUACAUGUCUGUUGGUGUGUAAUCUGCAUAUUUAUUACUUGUAUUUUAAUGAAAUUACUUCACUUUUAUAUUCCUAGGUUUUAGUAUAUCAUCCAUUCCUAACAUGUGUGCUGAAAAAAUCCGUAAGACCUGCAUUUCUCCACCGACUUUCAUCAUAAGAGCUUCAUUUGCAAUCCUUCAUUGCUAUUAACUAGUAAACUACUACUUCUUAAUGUAACAAAUCUACAGAAAUUAAGCACAUCUCAUUAGGAUAAUAUUACAAAAAGUUAUAUCCAUUUGAUGCAGAUGUGUGCAAAUAUUCUAAAACAAAAGGUCAAUAUGAGGUAAAAAAUAAAGUUUUUCUACAUGACCAUAGAGUAUUCAUUGAUGGAAUUCCAAUCACAUCAUCUGUGGCUGUAAAAAAUGUAAAGAGUUCCUAACAAGUUAUCAUAAAAGUGCCUUAUAAUAUUCUUGAUGUGAAAAUAAACAUCACUUUUCCAGCAUUUUCUACGCACAUUCAGGAAGUUUUUUAAUGUAUUGCUGUCAUUGUUAGUAAAAUGUAAAUGGUUGCUGCAUAUUUUGCUAUGUACAUACUAUAAAAAUAAUGUAAAUAAAUCUAUUUAAUAUCAAAAGUAAUGAUUGUAUGUUGUCUUUCUUUCACCAUGUAGUUUCCUUGUGACACUCAUUUGUGAAUAAAUGUACUGCUUUUUUGUUGCAGAAAUAGUGAGUAUAAUGCAUUAGUUGCUCCUGUCUUCAUCAGUUUGUGUGUGAAUGAGAGAGAAUGUGCAUGAGUGUGAGAGGGAGACAGAUGUGAUGAUGCACGCAACAUGUAUUAAGUCUCAGCAUAUCCUUUACCUGUACUCUGUCAUCUUUGUUUAUUUGACUGAAUAUCUUAUUGUUCUUCAAUAGAGUGCAUGCAUGUCCAGAUGUUUGUAUUGUUUCUGUAAAAAGCUAAAACUUCAUUAAUGUUCUCCAUAGGAUAUUGUGGAAGUAAAA